GACGUGCGCGCCGCUUCUCUGCCAAAUACUUGCUUCCCGUUUUGACCAGCGCUCGUGUUAGAGCCACACACUCCGGGAAAGUGUUCAUUAAUCUUGCCUGCACACUGAGGUGAAAUAAUGGCGCCGUAAACACCGAGGCUAAAAAGUUAGGAGCAGCUGAAUAGUCGCCCAUCAUCAGAGAACAUCUUGAGGAUUCACCUGAAUUCACAUCCUGCAGCACCACUAAUCUCCGCUAGAGGGCGUUCCGCGUUACACCCCAAAGUCUCCUGGGAAAUCUGAGCUCCACCUUCCAUUUCUACACUGCAGUCGCACCGAGCAAGAUGGGUUAGACUCAAGUCACGACUCCGCCGGUCCUGAGUGCCUUCAGGGGCACUUGGGGGCCAAAAGACUCUGUCAUAGAGAAAAUCAGAGAACUGUUGUUUUGUUAAUCACGAACUUUAUAUUUUUUUAUGGACUAUAUUCUUCGUUCUGACAAAAUCGACUUUGUUCAAGCAUCAAACAUCGAAGAUCAUUCAAGUAGUUAGUAUUAAACAACAAAAAUCAACAUGAGCAACUCUAAGUCUAAGAAGGAAAGCUAUGCUCUGCGCCAGCAGAAAUACAGUAAUGCUAUCAUCCGGGGCCGUCGACACGUCCCCACCCCUGAAGCCGUCCCACCGUCUUCUCUCCUGGACGCCCCCCCACUGUCUCCUGUACCACUGCCUUCACCCCCCAGGGAGCGUAUACCUGAGUGGGACGACCCGCCAAGACUGGUCACCAACCUAAACAGGAAACAACCAGCUCCUCAGGGUGGAUUCACGGCAGCUAACAGGUAUGCCAAGACUCCCACACAUCUGGAUGAAAAUGCCAAGGUGUUUGAAGAGUAUGCAGAAAGGAUGAAUGAUAUCCAACAAAAGCAGAACAACAUGGGAGAGAGCAAGCGACCGAGGAAACCCUCCAGACGUCCGCAGACCCCAGCUCUUGUCUCCAUGAUGAUGGGCUCUAGGAAUGAUGAGAACAUGACAGAAAUGGAUUGCUACAUGGCAACGAUGGAUUCCAAGAAGAAGGCACGCGAGCCCAUGGGAGCUGACAAAACACGGGCCAGAACAGCCCACAAGCACGCUGCAAAAGCUCCCACAUUGAAGUCUGUGGAAGAGCAACAGGUAUUCUCACUCGGACAUUAUGAGGAGAGAGUCCCAACAAAAGCAGUGCUCAACGACUGGAUGGAUCAUCUCAAAGAGGAGUUCAACUCUACCGACCCUGCUGGAGCUCCCACCCCCACCAUGGACAAGCAGGCAGACUGCGGAGCAGCUGUGGUGGAGCAGGUGAUGGAAGCAGACACAAACCACGAGGCUAAGAAGAAGAAAAAGAAGAACAAGAAGAAGCAGAAAACUCGUGUGGAGACACCACCCGACUACACGGCAAAUGUCGGGCUCGACAACGUGAGCAUGAGGUCACUUGAAGCACGUGACCUUGACUGGCAGGAUGAAGGUCGAGUACGGAGCUGUUACAAGACUUCUCCACAGCCUGGACACCUGAGCAGGGAGGCUGACACACCCACCAUCCAGGACAAGACAAAGGACUGGAUGUACUUCAUCAGGAAAGCUGGACUUGAGAAGAUGAUGGAGUCAGACCCUACCAGGGACGAGGACAGGAGGACACCGGUCCAGGGCAAAACCACCAAGAACAAGCACAAGGCAAAGAAGGAGAGGCUUGUCCUACCCAGCCUGACUUCAGAUCCAGGCCUGAUGCUGCAGGGAACCAAACUUCACACACCUGGUGUGAGCCUCCCCUCCAUAGGAGAUGGUGUUCUCUCCACUGCUGCCAGACCCAACAUCCCUGAUGAGGACAUAGGAACACAGUUGCCACCGCUGCAGUUUGGCACCAAGCAAGUCGGGAAGACGACAUCAGAAACUGUGACCUUCAAACAGCCCAGCGACAAGUCCAAAGUCCGCAGCACCAAGCGGCGCCAGAAGAACGACCGCGCCUCGCUGAAGGACAAAAAGUCCCAGAAACGGCGCCAUAAAAGCCCCGACCCCUCAUCACCUGACUUGUAAGUUUGGUGGAACGGUGGAUGCCUUACCAUCAUGCCCUAAUAUUUAUUGGCAAUGAUUCAUGUGUGUAUACAACUAUGUGUAAAACUGUGUGUUUAUAAUCAUAUGUAAAUCAAAAGUGUGGUACAUUAUGCCAGUGCAAUCUCUUUUGUUGAAUGUACAGCACCUAAAACUGUGUAUAUAUAUACAAUCAUAUAAUCAUAUAUAUAUAAUCAUAAUGAGCAACUGUGUUGCCCAUUAUGUCUGUACAGUCUGAGCCUGUUGUUGAACAUACAUCACCUAACAGUAUAUUUUACUAUAUGUAAACUCUGUUGCCCAUUAUGUCCAUGCAAUCUUUCAGUUGUUAAAUGUACAGCACCUAAAACUGUGUGUCUAUAUAACCAUAUGUAGAACUGUGUUGAAAUUAUGCCCAUGCAAUCUCUCAAUUGUUGAAUGUAGUCUGAAACAGUAUGUUUGUAUAUAUAAUCAUAUGUACAAUUGUGUUGCCCUGUAUUAUCAUACCUGUGCAAUCUGAGCUUGAUGUUGAGUGUACAGGACCUAAAACUGUGUCUAUAUUUAAUGAUGAUUCUGUAAACUGUGUUGCCAUUAUGCAUGUGCAAUCUCUGUUAUUUACCUCGAGUCCUUAAACUGUGUAUAUAUACAAUUAUCAUAUGUACAGCUGUGUUGCCCAUAAUGCCAGUUCUAUCUCAGUUGAAUGUACAGUUGUUAGGAUGUUCAGAUACUAAUUAUGCCGGAGAGACAGUUUUCAUACUUUUCUGCAAUCUUUAUUGUACAGUCCCUAGAUACAGGUUGUUUAGGCACAAAUUAUGCUGGAGACAGAAUGAUAUAAUAAUAGUAUAUAAUUUCCUGUACUGAUUAACCCAGGCAGAAUGCUUAGGCACAAAUUAUGAGGGAAAACAGAGAGACAGAGUAAUACCAGGUUAUUUUUCUGCAACAUAAAGACAAAAUGUUAAGUAACCAUUUCACAUAAUGUAAUUAUAUCUUGUAUGUAUGGAAAAGCAUUGUUGCACAUUAUGUCUGUGCAAUGCUUUUUUGUAUACCAACAUGUAGUUUUGUAUAAUGACAAUUGUAGUUUGUAUACCGACGUGUAUUGUAUACUGACACAUACAUGUACUUUUCGACAUUUUGGAUAUAGACAUGUAGUUUUGGAUACUGACAGUUAUUGCUUAUAUAAUGACCCGGGCAUUUUUGUAUGAUACAGCACCAGAUUUGAUGUUUUGUUGGGGAGAAAAAAAUUGUAUUUGAUUUCCUGCACCUUUUGUACUGCACAAAAUAUGCUGGAAAGAAUGUGACAUAAUCAUUGUUAUAGGCUGUAGGAGACAGUCCAUGUGAUUUUCCAACACUGCAACAGAUCCUACAGGUCUUCCACACACCCCUACAGUAGUGUAACGGUCAGUGGACAAGUCUUCAGACUUGUACAGGAACUGGACACUCCCCCUCCACAGGUCCUACUGGAGACCACCUCAUGUGUACGUUCCUCCACACUCCAGUCCUACUCAGGGUUACAUGACACAGUCUGUCAUAGAUGGCUCACAUGAGAUGAUCCCACUCCAACUACACCAGACCACACAGUACAGUUCCACUGCAGCUGGGGUGGGGGAGGGGACGUCAGGACCAACUCCACAGAUAGGAGACACUUGUCUCUUUCAGACUGUUCAGCUUGCUCACACUGCCCCAUCUGUCUGGCAUGUCUCUGUGAGGUUCAGUGAGAGAUUGAUGGCUGCCCUGCACCCGACCUGCCAGUCGGGAUGUCGGGCCCCAUCCUUACUGGACACCACAAACCAUGUCAGAUUGUUAGCGGUGAUGGGGGGUUGGACUAGUCCGUCAGGAACUUGUGCCUUCUAUCUGUGGAGUUGGUCCUGACGUCCCCUCCCCCACCCCAGCUGCAGUGG